AGCGCGCACAGGAACAGGAGCAGGAGCAGGAGGAGGAUCCGAUUGCGAUUUGGCUACAUAUUUGCUGUCUUAGGAGUACUAUUUCGAAAUUCCUGUUCACCUUUAAAUUGGCGACUGAAAAGUUUAAAGCCCCACUUCUCCGAGUUCCCCCUCACUCCCCUGAAAGCUCCCCCCUCAAGAAGGGCUUUCUUUUUUGUUACUUUAACUUUCCAAAGUACAAAACAAAGCCAAAAUGGCGGAUGAAAUUACUCCCAGAAGAGACCCCAUCAAGUCCUCAGUUGGGAAUGUUGCGGCGCAGAGGAGACGGCAGCAUGCUAUCACGGUGGCAAAAGAAAGGAGGGAAGCAGUGGUGCGGACGAAGCGCCUCUGCAGAGUUGGAGUUGGUGGUGGGGGUGAUGAUCAGCUUACUUAUGAUGAUGAUGGUGAUGGCGGUGAUAUGAUGAUCGACGCGGAGCAAUCCAUUUUGGAGGCUCAAACUUGUUCUGCGGUGCAAGACUUACAACUUGCUAUGCUGUUUCAGGGUAAAGGAGCGAUGCAGAAAAGAGUGGCUGCUCUUCGUGAAGUAAGACGCUUGUUGUCUAGAUCUGAAUUUCCUCCAAUUGAAGCUGCCAUCAAGGCUGGAGCAAUUCCUCUACUUGUUCAGUGUCUUUCAUUUGGCUCUCCAGAAGAACAGUUGCUUGAGGCAGCUUGGUGUAUGACAAACAUUGCAGCCGGAAAACCCGAAGAAACGAAAGAAUUGUUGCCUGCAUUGCCAUUGCUUAUCGCUCACCUUGGAGAAAAGAGUUCCCUACCUGUAGCAGAGCAGUGUUCUUGGGCAGUGGGUAAUGUUGCUGGUGAAGGAGAGGAACUAAGAAAUAUUCUGCUAUCACAGGGAGCCCUUCCUUCUCUUGCAAGAAUGAUGCUGCGAAACAAGGGUUCAACUGUGAGAACAGCUGCUUGGGCAUUGUCAAACCUGAUAAAGGGACCAGAUCCUAAAGCUGCAACAGAAUUAAUAAGAGUGGAUGGCGUACUAGAGGCAAUUCUUCAGCAUUUGAAGAAGGCUGAUGAAGAGUUGGCAACAGAAGUUGCUUGGGUUGUUGUGUAUCUCUCUGCACUUUCGCAUGUUGCUACAAGUAUGCUGGUGAAGAGUGAUCUACUUCAGAUACUUGUUGAAAGAUUGGGAAUGUCAAAUAGCUUGCAACUUCUUAUCCCAGUUCUACGCAGUAUAGGUAAUCUUGUGGCUGGUGAUGCCCAUGUUGCAAGUACUGUACUUGUUAUUGGACAAAGCAUCACAGAUAGCAUCCUUCCUGCUCUCAUUAAAUGUCUGGAAAGUGAGCACCGAGUCAUGAAGAAGGAAGCAGCUUGGGUCUUAUCUAACAUAGCAGCGGGUUCUGUUGAGCACAAGAAAUUGGUAUAUUCUAGUGAAGCAGUGCCAUUGUUACUACGCCUUCUUGUGACAGCACCUUUUGACAUAAGAAAAGAAGUGGCAUAUGUAGUUGGAAAUCUCUGCGUUGCCCCAUCAGAGGGUUCUGGGAGGCCAAAGUUAAUUGCAGAUCACUUGGUUUUUCUUGUUAGCAAAGGAUGUCUUCCUGGUUUCAUUGAUCUUGUCAGAUCUGCUGACAUUGAAGCGGCAAAACUGGGGCUUCAGUUUAUUGAGCUGGUGCUGAGGGGGAUGCCUAAUGGUAGUGGCCCAAAACUGGUUGAGAAAGCGGAUGGUAUUGAUGCAAUGGAAAGAUUCCAAUUUCAUGAAAAUGAAGAGCUGAGGUGCAUGGCAACGAAAUUAGUUGACAAGUACUUUGGGGUGGACUAUGGUGUCGAUGAUGAGUAGAAGAUAAGUCAUGUAUCUGUUUCUGAGCUACCAUGAUCUCUAUUUUCCAACCCUAUGUAUGACUUGGAAUAGUGUGAUAGACUUGUCUCUUCCAUCAGUGCAAGUUAAUUCCAAGGUCGCUGAUUGUAGGAACAUGGUUAGAUUUCAUUGUAUGCUAAUGCAGGGUUGGUUGGUGUAAAAACAGGGUAAAGAAAGGUCUUUUUGACACUGCUUGGAAACACAAUUCUGCUGUAUCUUUGUUGGCUGCAGAAAGAUGAGGACAGAUUCGUUUUGACUUU